AAAACAAUAAGUGACAUAUUAUACCACGUACUUAGAAGUAUCAAAUAUGAAGAAAUUGGUGAUGUAGACGAACUUAGAAUAUGUUUACGACAAGAAGCUGCAAGAUGGGCAUGUCUUCUUAAUAACAUCACUUGUAGGAGAGAAGCCAACAAUCAAUUAAAACAACAUUUCCAAGAUCCUUCAAAACAUAAACUUUUGCCAUGGUGGAAGGAAUGGACAUAUUGUAAUGCUUUGAAGAUAAAUUCCGACAGAUUAAUUACAGAAGCAGUGUAUUUUAGAGGAUUUCAAGAAUCUGACGCCAAAUUUUUAGAAUACUUGGCUUGCAGUGAAGAUACUAAUACAAUUAAUCCCUUAUUAACAUAUAAACCUUAUACUAAAGAACAAUAUCAAUAUGUUCGUUACAGUUUCUUACAUAUUAUUACGAAGCAAGCGAAUAAUCAAGCUAUCUUGAAGAACAUAUUAAAUGCUUUUUUUUUUUACGUAAAACCAAAACAAAUUAAUGUACCUGCAGCAUUAAUUAUUAUGAUUAAUAACGUAUAUUCCGUAAAUUUAACUCAGGAAAUAAACAAAUACGUUGAAUGGAUGAAAGACAAUACACAUAUAAUUUAUGGAGUAAAAAGAAAAGGAUUUCCUAGAGAAGAAUUUGGACAAAAUUAAAAGCAAGAUAACAAUUCGCAACAAUCAAAUUAAAAGACAGAUAGAGUAUUAUGGUUGGUUUUACUUUUAGUGGAAUUAAAAAAAUUGCAUCUUUGCAUGCGAAA